AUGCAUUCCAGAUUCCAAAACGCUGGUUUUACUGCUAAGUCUUCACUCAAUUCAUUUAAGAUCUUGGGCCGUUCCCUUCAUGUCCAAGAAACAGAGGCCGCCGCUGAUACUACUCUGCGUCUUGAUUCCCUUGCCUCUCCACUAUCUAACUCACAGGGUACUAAAAGGAAAUUUAAUCUGAUCCAUGGAUCAAAGGUUCAAGAACCUGAUCCUUUACUCUCCUUGAGGCUUGGUCACUCAUCAAGCUCUUCUGAUAGCAAAGUGAGUUCAGCUACUGCUUCCAUGAGUUUAUCUGCUGCCAAAGAAACUGAGGAGGCUUCCUCCAUGGAUAUUGAGCUGGACUUUACCCUCCAUCUUGGCAACAAUAAACCAGCUAAUCUGAAAAUGAAAGAGUUGCAGGUCCCCUCCUCAGAGUUUGAUCUUGAACUGAGUCUUUCUGGUGUAGGAGGCUCAUGUCAUUCUGAGAUCACUGCGGUCCAGCAGCAGCAGGCGAGCCAUUUUCCAACUCUUGCGGAGAUGCUACGUGCAACUAAUGAAGGAUCCAUAUCAGGUGGCUGGAGACCAGGGUUUGCAUCGGCAUCACCAGCAUUGCAAGCUUUAUCAAGCAAAGAAACAAGCUCCUUCCUAGCUCAUGCUCCAAAGAAGAUAAUCAUUCCUGCUCCUCAUGUUCUAGACCUGUCAUCUAGCACGGCAACAACAACAACACCAAUAAGCUCGGGUACAUGUACCUCCGGUUUAUCUCAGCAGCUGAAGCCACAGCAUAAGAGUUCUUCUAGUUCCAAGUUAUGUCAAGUAGAAGGAUGUCAUAAGGGAGCAAGAGGCGCGUCAGGCCGUUGCAUUUCCCACGGUGGUGGACGUAGAUGCCAGAAACAUGGUUGCCACAAGGGCGCUGAAGGUCGAACUGUGUACUGUAAAGCCCAUGGAGGCGGCCGAAGAUGUGAGUUUCUAGGAUGCACCAAAAGCGCUGAAGGCCGUACUGACUUCUGUAUAGCUCAUGGAGGUGGGAGAAGAUGCAGCCAUGAAGAUUGCACACGAGCUGCUAGAGGAAGAUCCGGGCUCUGUAUCAGACAUGGUGGAGGAAAGAGAUGCCAAAGAGAAAACUGCACGAAAAGCGCUGAAGGGCUUUCUGGACUCUGCAUCUCUCAUGGAGGUGGUCGUCGAUGCCAGUCUAAUGGAUGCACGAAAGGAGCGCAAGGGAGCACUAUGUUCUGCAAAGCACACGGUGGUGGGAAACGGUGCACACAGUUAGGUUGUACCAAAGGCGCGGAGGGAAGCACACCGUUCUGCAAAGGACAUGGAGGAGGUAAACGAUGCGCGUUUCAAGAAGGUGAACCUUGCUCCAAGAGUGUUCAUGGAGGUACUAAUUUCUGUGUGGCUCAUGGAGGUGGUAAGAGAUGUGCGGUUCCUGAAUGCACAAAGAGUGCUAGAGGAAGGACUGAUUUCUGUGUAAGGCACGGUGGAGGAAAGAGAUGCAAGUCUGAAGGAUGUGGGAAAAGCGCCCAAGGUAGUACUGACUUUUGCAAGGCGCAUGGAGGAGGGAAGCGUUGUGCGUGGGGUCAUCCUGAGACUGAGUAUGCGGGAGGACAAUCUUCUUCUGGUCCUUGUACUUCGUUUGCUAGAGGUAAGACUGGUCUGUGUGCACUUCAUAACAGUCUGGUUGAGGAUAACAGGGUUCACGGAGGAAUGACUGUAACUUCAGAGAGCCAAGAACCGAGACUAGGGAACAGUGAAACAGAGAACGAGCAAGAGUUCAGUGGUUCUCAAGACGUGAACAUGGAUACAAUGAAAGGUAGAAGCGCUGUUGGAUCUCCAGAGACUGAUAUUGACCUCAAUGAGAAUGAAAGAGGAUUGGGGUUGGCCCCAGAAGGAAGAGUCCAUGGUGGAAGUUUAAUAAUGGCGAUGUUAGCUGGUAGAGAGGGUGGCUCUGGCUCAGGCUCAAGCAACCUGCCUAAGAGGUGGAUGUAAGUUAAUAAUGUCUUCAGUGUGAAUCCAGUCUUAAUUUCUGCUCGUGAAAGUAUUAAGCGUCUUGUGUUUGUUUUAGUUUAGAUUUGUGUUUUAGAGAGUAAAAAAGGGAUCAAAGUCUCUAUUCUCUUGUCUUAUUUUCCUGUAGAUAUUGAAUUUAUGGGUUCAAGCAAGGGUUAUUGUGAAUUGUCAAGACAAUCUAUCUUAUGAUGAUGAUGAUGAUGAAAAUAAAAGUCAUGUCUUUGUUUGCAGA